UUCAUCUUUAAAUCUCUCGGUUAUCAGGCGGGCUGUGAUCAGUCAGUUUUUUACAAAUUGCAAAAUGAUAAGAAACUGGACUUUUCCUGAUACAAAUGUAAAGAAAGAAGCUGAAAAACGCAAAAUAAACGAGAAAUUUCCUGCGUGUCAUCCGAAUCGGCUAUGUCACGCGAGUGUUAUGUCACGCGUGUCUCGCUAACCUCGAUCUAGCAAUCCCUUCACUCUCUCGGCAAAAUGGCAGCCGAUGAAGAAUCAACCACUUCCAAGAAGCUGAUCAAUGAUCCUUUAGAUGCGGUAGAUGAGGCUUUAGAAGGUAUCGUUUUAGCCAAUCCUGGGUUAAAGUUACUAAAGAAUCAUCGGGUUAUUAUCCGAGAGGAUGUGAACGAAAUACGAAAGGCAGGAAAGGUAACCCUCAUCUCAGGAGGUGGAAGCGGUCACGAGCCAUCGCAUGCCGGAUUUGUUGGAAAAGGGAUGUUGACAGCGGCUGUGGCUGGAGCUGUUUUCACUUCUCCCCCAACGAAAUCUAUCCUUGCUGCAAUAAGAGCUGUUGGACUCGGUAACAGGGGAGGAACGCUAUUGAUUGUGAAGAAUUACACUGGCGAUAGGUUGAAUUUCGGAUUUGCCGCUGAGAGGGCGAAGGCCGAGGGGAUAAAAGUCGAUAUGGUGGUGGUUGGUGAAGACUGUGCUCUCACUAGUAAGGACAAGACAGCAGGAAGGAGGGGGCUUUGUGGAACUGUUCUGAUCCACAAGGUAAACUUGGGAUGAAACAAAAGCUCAGCUGAUGUGCAUGUGACUCAGCCCCUCCCCUUCCCCCUCAACCCUCUUCCCCUCUCCCCUCAACCCUUCCCCUUCCCCCUCACUCCCUUCCCCUUCCCAUCUCUGUUUUUUAAAGCAGUAAGAUGCUAUUAUAGAGACUACCUCCUCCCCACCAGUAUAUGCUGAGAAUUCUAAGCCAUUAGAGACCAAAAGACUUUAUAUUCCCCUUGUCUAACUAUCCCCUCUUUUGCCUAUAAGCUUACUUUAAAACUCCCCCUCUCUCAUGAUUUGCAAAAUUUAGCAUGAGUCCUGGUUAUUUGCAUGAUGAAAUUUAGUAUUUACGCAUUGGAGUAAUGUUCUGUUUUAUUUUCAAUUUGUAGAUUGCAGGUUCACUGGCUGAGGAAGGAAAAUCUCUCGAGGAAAUCUCACAAGUAGCCAAGGCCGCAGCCCAAGCCAUGGGUAUUUAACCUAACUUAAUCCUAACUUUCUCAUGGGUGAAUAAUGUAUACUUAUUGACUGAAUGAGGAUACUGGACCAUUAAAUACUUGGCUAGAGGUCAUGAUAUAAAGACCCUAUUGCUAGUAUGACUAAUAUGUACAUCAUGACGGAGAGCCACAUAUUUUUCUGUUUGGGCCUGAACCUAACUCAGUCAAUGCACAUUAAUCUUAUGGCCAUGCCUCUCUCUUGUUUGCAUCUCACAGAGCUGUUAGUAUGGCUUUUUAUAUCUCAAAAAUUAAUAUUUUAUGCAUUCAUGCACAUGCCAAAAUCCAGACAUGGCAGAUCCAGAGUGGGUGGGGUGGAUGGGGAUCAAGGCUUUUGGCUUGAGAGUGAAUAAGAAACUUCUGUGUUUUCUGAAUCAAACUUUUAAUUCUACCCUCCCCACCCAUAUUGUAAAUUCCUCGAUCUGUCCUCUGAAAUCUUGCCAUCCUAAUAUAGAAACCAAGCAGUUUUUGACUGGAAAUUCACAGUAAAUCAAAGGCCAAAGCACCUUACAUACCCUUUGGAUGUUAUUUUCCAUGCUUUACAUGGCUUAUCAACAUUCUUUAUCAGGUACCAUUGGUGUUAGUUUGGCUCCAUGCAGUCUCCCAGGAUCUUUGCCAUCCUUUGUAUUGGGCAGUGAUGAGAUGGAGUUAGGACUGGGUAGGACUUUUUCUUUUCCAUUUUCUUAUCUCUAAUAUCAUCAAGAUUGAUGAUUCUGUGUGAUUUCCCCCUUAAAAUUUAAAUAAAGCACUGGCAUGUUACUUAAAAAUUUGCUCUGUACUUGUGCCAAGUGGCCAAUCUAGCAGGAGCUUUAUUCUAGUUUCCACAGCAUGAAGCAAUGAUGAGAUGCUUGUUCAUUGCAAGAUUACCCCUCCCCCCAACAUUUCAUCAGGCUUUCCCGACGAUUCACUGGUGCCCACUUAUACUCCUGGGUGGAGAGAAGCAUUGUGGGAGUAGUUCAAAGUAUUUUUCCCAAGAACACAACACUGUGAACCAGUUAUGUCUUGAACCCAGACCUCUGGAACUAGAGUCCAGUGCUCUAAUCUUCAGGCCCUUGCUACUCCCACAACAUGUGACUAAACAUGAGGCAAAUUAUUAAACUGUAGCUUGUAUGGUUAUAUUAAUACUGUAUGAAUUUUCUUACUCUCUAUGAUAAAUAUUAAAAUCUUAUUGGUUAAGCUACUUGCUGUACGUAUAGUGACUAAAGUGAGUCUAUAAGGUAUAAUUAUUCAAUAAAAGCGUGAACCUGUCUUGUUGUUGAGUUUUAAAGGACUUCUAUGUAAAUAAUAAGAUUAUUCACUCUCAAAUUCUACUAAUUAUAAAUAGUGUUUGGCUUUAACCCUUCAACUCCAGAAGUGAUUAACAUGAAACUUCUCCCAAUAACAUCCAUAUAUUAUCCACCAAACAGCAAACAAAAAUACCCAACUCGUCAGAUAGAAGUUGUUUUCUUGAUCUAAUACCAAAUUUGCCUAACUUAUUUACCAAGAAUUGUGUAAAAGCUGAAGGGGAGAAUUAACAAUCAGAUCUUGGGAAUUAAAGGGUUAAUUUGCUUUCCACAGGUAUACAUGGAGAACCUGGUGUCAAGAGGGUGAAGGUAAAGAGCCAAGUCUUUUCCUGCUGAAAAAGAGAUGCUUCAGAGUUUCUUUGUAUUGAUUCUGUAUCAUAGCACUCAGAAUCUGCACAAAGUAUUUGCCCUUACACCUCAAUAUCUGCUAACUAGGAGUGACCAGUGCAAGAGUCCACUCAAUUUAUCUGAGCCUAAUCUAGUUUAAAAGCCUGUUGCCAAGUUAUUUAGCCCUCUAGUUGAUGGAUGUCUCUAAUGCUGACUUUGCUUUGUCUGUUGAUAACUUGCAAUGAUAUGUUUGUGACUGUACAUUUACAUAGUGAUAUCCUGUGCUUGCCUUUUUUCAGCUUGAAAAGGCAGACCAAGUUGUCAAAACCAUGAUUGACCAUAUGUCAGAUGUUCAGAGUGGUGCAACAUACAAGCUCGGUCUAAAGAAGGGUCAGCCUAUUAAAAUUCCACAGCAUGAGAUUCAAUAGCAUCUGGUUGACUUGCUAAUAAGGGCAAAUUUACUUGGCUUUUUUUUCGCAUACCAAUCUAUAAGAAUUAGGUCUUACUGAUUUAAAUCACAACUAUAAAGUACAUGAGAAUUUCCCAUUUUUUUUUUUACAACAUUCUCACAAUUUUAUUUUGAUUUGAUGUUCAACAGGUGACAGGGUGGCUCUUGUAGUAAAUAAUCUUGGAGGAACAUCUGUUCUGGAGUUAAACAUUGUUGCAAGGGCAGCCAUAACAUACCUUAGUAUGUAGUCUGAGAGAACUAUUGCUGAUGAAAAUUCUCUUGAUAACAGCCUCUUAUGGUGACAGUCAUGCCAUCAGUCUUCCAUUAGCAGGCAACUCAUCAGAAAUGAUAUAAGACCCAGGGGAUCAUUCUAUAUAUAUUUAUUAUUUUAUUAUGUCCCUCAGUUAGUAUGUGCACUGUGAUUAGUCAAUUUAAUUAGGCUGUAUUUCACUGCAUGUCCAGCUAAAUUCAAUUGAAUUGAAAUCUUCCCCUUCUAUUUGAAACCAAAGAUGUAAUUCUUACUCACAUUGUUCUCUCAGUCUGUACUGUAAGUUAUGGAUCCAAACUUCCCUUUUUUUUUGGCUCUGAAAUAUGUGUGCUACAAUUAUUAUCUUUGGUAGAUAGUACAAUUACUGCAAAAUGUAUCUCUUCAGGAAAUGGCCUUGAAGAUCCCUCCAAAUAAAUGAAAAGGGGAUAUGAAAUGCCAACAAAACAUGCCCCACCUUUAAAAGCAAUAAUAUUGUAGUUAGAUCACUUUUGAAGAGGACGUGACCCUCUGAAGGAUACCUAACUCUCUAACUCUAAUAAGCCAAUGUCUCUUUUGCAAAGGAAUAACACGAGAGCACCUUUUCUACAGCUACCAGGUGAUUGCAAGGUAUUCCUUAUUUUUAUAUAGCAAAAUCUGAAUUUUUUUUUACUCAGCUCAAGGGAAAGAGGUGAAAGUUGAUCGGGUUUAUGUUGGAAGUUUUAUGACCUCAUUAGAAAUGGCUGGAGUAUCAAUCACUUUGCUUCACUUGGACAAAACUAGGGUGGAUUGUUUGGGUAAGUGUCUCCUUGCAACAACCUGAUCAUUAAUGCAUCAUAAUGAUAAUUUUAUUCCUCAGCAGAAAAAUAUUCCUGUGUAAUUUAGUUCUUUCUUGCCCCCCCACUCACAAUCAAGUUAAUUAUCUCCUGAAUAAGAUAAGUAAGUAAUUGUUGCAAAUGAUUUUCUUUUUUUUCUUUCAAUUGAUAAUUUUUAUGUGGGAGAUGAGUUAGCUAUGGGCCAUGGGCAGUUUGAGUGCUGGGCAGAGUCAUUGUGCUCUGUUCUGGCAAGACACAUAACUCCUUAGUUUUUUUAAUCUACUGGAAUAUUAAUGGCAAGUGAAUGGUCCAAGAAUUUUGGUGAAAUGAGGUAUGGGGGGCAGUGGGGUGGGGUGGAAUAGUUAUUGACUAAUUCUGAUCUGGGAUGAGGAGCAUUACCUCCAAAGGCUCAACAAUGUCUCUCCAAGAUCUAAAUGUAAAUUGUUGUCACUGUCUGCUCUACAUCUCUUAUUAUUUUAGCUCUGAGAGGCUAGUGUGAAUCAAACGGUUUACCUUAAUAAAUUUUUUUUUCUCUCAUUUCCUUUUUCCAUGUAUAUUCAUUGAUAUUUUAAGGUAAAAUUCCUUUUUGGUACUCUUGGGAGUGAAAGGGUUAAUUCAUGUUGCAAAAACUGGAAUAAAAUAUGGGCUGUGUGAGCCAAUUUGGUGUGGCAGACAGCUUAUGAACACUUAUUGUGGAAUUAAACAUUUUUUACAUUUCCAACAAAAUAUGAUUUUUUAAAAUCCAUUUGGUGUUUACAUCAAAACAUGCAUAUAUUUCCUGCACAGAUCAAAGCACAACUGCACCAGCAUGGCCACGAGUUUCAGUAUCUACAAAUUCAGGCUUUAUGAGAACUGACAUGCAGCCUCUUGAAAUUCCCACGAAUGCAGCAGAAGAAAAAAAGGAGACUUCCUCAGAAAAGCUGACCGCACUAGGUGGGCUGUGUUUGCUUAUAACCGUUUAUUGAUUGAGUGUCGUUAAGCCAAGACCAAAUUAAUCACAACUGUCAGUCAGAAGAAAGCGAAAUACCGUUGAGAGCCAGUGAGAACUCAGAGUAAAAACAACUGAACUGCCUAAAGCGCGGGAAAACGCGGGCGACCAAGUUGUAUCCAAUUGGUUGAGAAAGUGGCGCGAAUUUUCUGGUCCAAUCACACACUCAUUUGAAAACUGCUCCUAUACUUACACUGUACGGUAAUAUUCUUCUAAACACAUACGCCGUUACUUUUUGUAUUCAGGGGAAAAGGUCUAUGCCGUUAUUAGUCAUGUAACUAAUGCCCUCAUUGCUGCUGAGAGUAAUCUGAAUGAACUUGAUAACCUUGCUGGCGACGGAGACUGUGGGACCACCCUUUCUCGGGGAGCCUCAGGUACGAGCCAUCGAACAUUUGUUGGACAUAUUGUAACUCACUAUAACCAUACUAGCGGAGCCGCAGUUCACAGUACCUACAUCCCUAGUCUUCCUUAUAACCGCCACAAUCCAUAAUAACACAGCUUCUAAUUUUGCUUCGGAGGAAAAUCAGUAUUAGACGAACUAUCUUCGCGUACAGUCACCUACUAAAGUUUCGGUUUUACUUUAUCAAAUGUAAUCCUUUUUAUUAUUAUUUUAUUACUUCCAGCCAUAAAAAAAGCCUUAGGAACACAGGAUGCCCCAGGUUUGCCAUGUAACCAUCCAGAGAAGCUGUUGUUAUCACUUGCCAGUUUGUGUGAGGAUCAUAUGGGUGGAAGUUCUGGCGUGGUUAGUUGUCUUUAAUCCUUUGACGCCUAAGAGUGACUAGUAUCUAAUUUCUCCCCACAAUUUCAACUCCGAAUCGCGCAUUAAGGUCAUGAGAAUAAAGGAAGCGAUCACCAACUAAAGAAGCUCUUGAUUGUUAAGCAAACUCUCCUAGUCGGCACCUCAGGAAAUGUAUCGAAAACAGCACUGAAAAUAUGCAUACUGAUGUUGUGUAAAGAGUUGAUAAAGGACUUCGUAUGCUUUUUUCACCAGUAUUAAUAGAUACGAAAUAUUUGAAAAUUUGAUUUCUCCUUUCGUGGUGAUUUAAAGAGUUUGCCAAAUCUUUAGUACAGAUAUUACUUGCCAAUCCUCAUGCCUGUGGAUCAUAAACUUCGACUAAUCCCUGCUCACCUAGAUAACGAUCAAUUUCUCUCGCGUAGCACAAAAAUUAGAGCUUAUGACUCAAUUUUGAAAGAUGCGUGAAAUAAACUCAGUUUUAUAUAUCGAGGAAGAAUGUCCAUGCAAAUGAUCGUGCAUUGACCGAAACCUUUUCUUGGGUCAAAUCUUGAGUCAAAUAUUCUGAACUUUUUCGGUAAACAUAACGAACAUGCUGGCCUUUAAGGGAUAAUAACUGUCGGCCUUUCCUCCUAAAAAAGUUGGCAGGUAAAUGAGGUAAGAGAUGUGAAGUCAUCCUUGUUUUGUUUAUUCUUCUGCAGUUCUACAGCCUCUUUCUCACGUCUGGAACAGUUCAUCUCUGUAGCGUUGCAGUUGUGUCUUCCGUUGUAGUUAUGUCCUCACACCUAAUAACCAAUAGAAUGCGGUUUUAUUUCUUCCAAUCAAAGUGCGUUGUGAACGUGUCUUCUGCGUGUCACUUCCCAACUAGGGGAGGGAUGCAAUGCAAAAUUGUGAGACUAUCGUUAAGUUUUCCGCGCUCGAAGUUUGGGAAUUUCAUGGGCUAUUCUUGUUUCAUGGGCUUAUCCUUGAUGCCUUUUGGGACACUUCGGAUUGUUGAAAGAUUAAUAUUCUUGUUGCGUUUUUAAGCGCGAAGUAUCAGUGAAAUUUUCUUCGAUACGUUGGAAAGGUUAGGAAGACGAGAAUUUGACAUUGCCUCGUAGCUUCCCUUAUUGGUUUGGAGUGCGCUGGUGAUCGAAGUUGUGCUUUUUUGUCGGAACUACUAAAGGAAGGUAAGGUUUCGGUUGCAUUUCAUGCUAGUAUUUUGUUAAAUUCAAAUAUUACAACCAUUCUUCAAAGAUCACGUUCAAGUUUUGGGCUUAAUACUGUAGAUUUCAUGUGACAGCAUGGCGAAGCGUGAGUGACUACUAACUUUGAUUCAUUGAAUCCUUCAGUGUCGAGGGCUGAUUUUUUUUUAGUUUGCGUGCGACAUGUAAAACUAGAUGUUACAUAAUUGAAAAACAGGGCAGAUCUCGGUGUUUCAAUGCCCAAAAAUGUGUGAUUUUUCUCCAUCUCAUUGUGCCUACAAUGAUGGCUAUUAUGGAUACAGUGGAAGACAUGUAUUCAUUGUAAAUGUAUGGGACUACGCAAAAUUCAACCUCUGGUAUGGUUGAUGUCAAAUAUCACAUAUCCUGGGAGGUUAACUCACCAACCGCUAACUCGUAUGAUGAAGAUCUGGUCUCUUUCAUAAAGGAUAGGGUGCUGUCUCCCAAUGCUCUCCAACAAGUAACAGUUGGGUUACAAUAUAUUAAAUCAUUCUCUUUGCUCACCCAGAAGUGACAGAAUUGCAGCAAAAUUACUCUUCACUUAAUAAUUAGUGUUUUGUUAUUUAAAUCAGUGGCUGACAUAUGCCACUUUCUUUAUUUUGAUCAAUUUAGAGUAAAGUCCCUGUACCAAAUUAUAAGGAAUAUGAUAAUAAUAUGUAUGUUAUAUGUUACCACAUUAUCCAUACUUUUUCAGCUAUGUGUCACAAACAUUAAAAUGAAAUAAACACUAAUUCAUGCAGAAAUGAAUACUUAAUUCAAUACAGACUAUUGCCUACUAUUAGCUCCUACAUGUGUUAGCAAGAACUUGGUCUUGUUGGCAUUCAUUGUGAGCAUUUGGCAAUCUGUAUAUUAGUGGAGAAACUCUCUGCAACUAUCUUUGCUAAGAAAAUACCAAUCCUUUCACCCUUACUAAAUAUCAUUCAUACAGGCAUGGAUGAGAACCAGCAGCAAAGCAAAAAAAAAAAAAGUGCUGAUGAGGUGGUAAGCUCUAUUCUAAACAUUUUCUUGGCGAAUUAUGCACUAGUUAUAAAAAGGUAUAUGUUGUGCUUAAUUUUUGUCCUUGGUAUAAACAUCAUUUUCCUUUGGUUUUUGUUAAUGAUAUGAAUGAAAAAUGCAUUUUGUGUAAAGAAAGAUAAAAUUUAGCUCCUAGCCUAAGUUAUGAUGAGAUGAUGUGUCACUAUCAAUUUGGCCUCUAUUAAAAGUAAAAAGAAUUAAACUAAGGAUAAAACUAAACCACAGCAUACCUAUACUAAACCCUCAGCCUAUUUGUAUCAAUAUUACUAUUUUUUUCUGGUGUUCACCCAAUAGAUUCAAUCCACUCACAGACAAAUAUGGCACCUGUGCAUUUUACUAUUACUCUUAGGCUAAGGCACUCGAGAAAGCAAUAUUUCACAAAACAACAACAUUAUGUAUGCAAGGUUUAAAUUUUUCAGACCUUUACUGCUUGUUUUUUUAUGAGUGGUUCCAGGAUUUUCUUGUGCAAAGAGUUCUAGUACCAGUAGCCAUGUUUUUUGGUUUGGUGGUUUACAGUAAUUGUUGUAUGAAGUAACCCUCACCAAUAUUAAUGUUGUGAACUUGUCACUGACAAAGAGCUAGUUCAUGAUUAGACAUUGAUCGUUUCAUAGAUUGCCAUGCUCUACAUUUAUCAUUGAAGUACUGAGUAACUCCUUCGCCAUCAGAAGUUGCAUUAAAGAUACUGUGUUAGAAAUUACAGCACCGUACCCCAAAAUCUAAUGUUUUCCUUAGCACAGUUUCAUUUUUUUAGCAAGGCAAAGGUAAAAAUCAAACAAGACCACACUGACCUCCUCACAGAGACAACAUUGCUAUGUAUAAUGUUUAUAUAGUUAGUUACAUAAAAGGUACUCUAUUCAUUAAUUCAGUGUCAAUACUCACCCUCGUAGCAGCUAUAAUUUUUAGCCAACUUGGGAAAUAGUGGCCUAAAAUGGACCCUUUUGGACAUCUGAACUUUUAAAUUUCCAGGGGAAGGUUCCCCAGACUUUGCCAUCCAAGUGGGAAUAAAUGGCUGUCACACUGUCAUUUUGGCCCCUCCCAGCUGCUCAAACGUUGUCCCUCCUUUCCACAAUCUUACCAAAGCCCCCAUAUGUGUAGUAAUAAAAAACAUUGAAGUGAAGUGUGCUAUCUAAGCAAGAGGUGAUAAUCAUGCACACUUUUAAGUGAGUCAUCAUAGCAGAUGUUUGGUGAGGUAUUGCAUUCUGUGCUCAAAAUCUAGUUCAUGUAGACCUGGGAAAAAAGAAUGGGGUGUAGCAGCCAUUCAUGUUGUUUAAUUGCUCUAAGCUCUAAUUCGAUACUACUGUUCAUUUGGCUAUCUUUCUUGCCAAUACUGUUUCGUUAUUUGGGUUUUCUUGAAGACACUUCCCAUUGAGAAGAAGCAUUAUAUGUGUUUACAAAUUAGAAGUAAAGAAAAGUGAAAAAAAAAUAGGAGAGUGACAGGAUGGUAUCAAAGACAGUGGUACAAUUUUUUUUUGCAGGGGGGUCAUUUUUUUAUUUUUGAAUCAGAGUUUUAGCCUAAGUAUGUCUAAGUUUCUACACUUGUUGUUUAGUCUUGUGACUUCUUGCUUUAAGAAGUGAGGUAAAAUUGUUUGAAUUUGUUUUUUUCAUUACAGCCACUUGAGUCUGUAAAUGGAAAGAAAACACUGAAAAAUGACGGUAAGGAAUACAUUGCUUGCACUAUAAAGUAUUGAAGUAAUUUGCAACUCUCCAUAUUUGUUAUUUGUAAUUGACAUGCUUUGCACAGGUGUUGUGGGGUUAGUGGAGAAGUUAACUGUAUUUCAAAAAUUAAAUCACUUUAAAUUGCAGUGAAAGCUAUUACUUUUAUAGUUAUAAAAGUAUCAAAGGUAACUUCUCUGAGAACCUUCUCCAGUGUCUGUGAUAUAGAAGUGUCCACUAAAUAUAGAUUCAUUUAUUAAGAAAUGUGGGAAGAAUAGUAUGCAACUGAAAAUACAAGUAAGGACUGGAAAAGAAUAUUUAUUCCUUGCUAGUAAUCUCAGAACAGCUGUGUGGAGCUGGAAAUUAACAGUGCUGGAAUACAACAGUAAAUCCUGCUGAUAAACUGAGAACAGCUGUGUGGGGCUGGAAAUUAACAGUGCUGGAAUACAAUAGUUAACUCCUGCUGAGAAACUGAGAACAGCUGAGAGGGGCUGGAAAAUAACAGUGCUGGAAUACAACAGUUAUCCACAACUGAAAUUCAGAAACAGGAAACUUUUAAAUACUUUUGUGCAACAAUAUACUGAGCAUGCAGUAAUAUCUUCCAUUGCCUCAAUUCCAGUUACUUGUAGAAAGGUCAUCUCUGAACCAUUAAAUAGGAUCUGUUUUACCCGUUAUGGAAGAAAAAAUCUUAACCCUUUAACCCCUAAAAGUGACCAGCUUCUAAUUUCUCCUUACAAUAUCUCCCUGAAUCAAACAUUGAGUUCAUGAGAAUAAAGGAAAUGACCAACAAUUUAUAAAUCUCUUGAUUUUUAUAAAAAACUCUCUUUGUCAGGGCUUCAGGAAAUGUAUAGAGAACAGUAUGGAGAAUAUGCAUACUGAGGUGUAAAGGGUUAAUCAAUAAAUGUAUGUUAAAGGUAGCAAUCUUCUAUAACUAUUACUUAUUCACAAAUACUAUAUUUUAUUUAGCAGAUUGUAGCUUCAAUGGAUGCCAGAAAUAUUUUUAUGAAAAACUGGCAGAUACAGUUUUGUAUUGUACUCCAGGAUAUACAUCUUUCCCAAAAGAUGGUAUUUCUUCAGAGAAGAAUGAAAACUUAAAUGCUUUCUUUAAUCAGUAUAAAAGACGAUUUUUUUGAACGACGUAGCCUGAAAAGACCAGUCUACACACUAAAACUUGACCAAGAAGGUAAGAUUGUCCGUGACAAAAAAAUGGCAUCCUUGUUGUUUUGGUCAACAGUUAUGUUCAAGGAGAGCUUAAGACUACAAAGCAACUUCUCUACAGAGAGGCUGUAGAUGGUGUAUUAAGCAGUUUACACUACAUUAAAGGUGUCCUUGGAGAGGAUACUUGCCUCCCUGGAGGGGUGAAUGCCUUGAGUAGGCUAUUCAAUCAAAAAUAUGUAUUUAAGGGUAUUUUCAACCUUAUUAGGGCCUUCUUGGCUCGAUGCUCAACAUGUCAGGUCAACAACCCCUUGCCAAUGCGAGUGCUUCCCCCCUCCUGUCCCCAUUAGAUCUUUUUCGCCCCAUUCCAGACUACAGUGUGACCUUAUUGACAUGGCCCCAAAGAAGCACCGUAGUUUUAUGCAGAAUAAUUGUUGGAGCUACCGUUACAUUCUAACAGUCAAGUGCUGUUUCUCGAAGUUUUGUUGGCUGUUUCCGUUAAAAACAAAGUCUGCAGAAGAAGUGUAUGCCAUUCUGAAGGCCUUGUUCAUCAAGGAAGGGUCACCUACUGUAAUUCAGUCAGAUAAUGGUGGUGAAUUCAUUGGAGAGGUAGUGCAAAAACUUUGCAAAAGAAUUUGAAGUUUGCAUGGUUCAUGGUAGGCCACACCACCCACAGUCUCAAGGCCAGAUAGAAAAUCUCAACAAGCAAGUCAAAAGGUUACUUGCAAGGUUUUUACAACAGUUGCCUAGAGAUCUUCAGGCCAAUGUCUGGCCUUUACUACUCUCUGCUAUUGCAGACCUUUUGAAUUGCAAGUGGCACAGCACAAUUAAUGAUGUGCCUUUUCGAAUAUAUAAGAACCGUGAGCCUUCCUGCUUGGUGGACUACAUCAUCCCAGAUGAUAGUAUGUGGACAGAAAGUAUUGAAGAUGGUUGCCUUGAGGAUUAUGAAUUUUCAUCAGAAGAUUUCAUUGAACUUGAGAGACAUGGGGAAAGCACUUCCAUGGAUAAAUCUAAAUUAGAAGAGAUAACAGAGGCCAUCCUGCAAAUUUCUUCUGAGACCAUAUUAUUGUCUUCAUUGGGUGUUUCAGCUAAGCAGCUGUCAGCAGCUGUUAAGAAGAUAGUGCAAGGAAAUUCACAUUCUCCACCUUCUCACAGUCACAACAACAUCCCACUUCAAUCAGUGGAUUCAGAGGCAGAAUUCCAGGUAGAGAGCAUCACAAAAUACCUCUUCAACUUGAGUGAAGAAUACAAAUCUAAGAUGGUGGAUGUCCUUGAAGCAACAGAACACACCAUUCAAAAGAAUCACAAACGGGCUCUUAAGAGGGCUAAAGAGCGGAAUUUAAGGUGGGAGACAAAGUUCUCUUCCAAAAUCCACGUUCAGAAGGAUUGCAUUUUUCAAAGCCAGAUCCCUUUCAGCCCUUGAAUGUUCUGGGGGUCAUCAAAGAGGUGCGUCCUGGAGGAAUGUUCAAGGUGGAGAUAGAAUGUGGAGAGCAAUUGGUAGUUAAAUCCAUUUUUGGUGGCCAGAUGGUUUUGUUCAAGGAAAAGCAGUGUGAACUUCCCCUUUGUGAAACACCCCCCAAGUUAUCUUUGCUGAAUAUGCACAAUUUCAUUUCAGAGUUUGGCCUAACUGUGCGUAAGGAGAUGUAUAAUCGAAGUCUAAGGUUGAGGAAAGUGGCUCACCAUAGAAGUAUUGAUGAUUUAUUGAAGAGUUAUUGUCAGGUUCUGGAUUAUGGACUCCUUGCCAUGGUAUCGUCGUUUUCUGACAGAGAGGAAGAAGAAGCUGUGUUUCACCAGAAGUUUGUAACUGGCCUUCAAACUUUACAGGCUUCGGGUUUUCAGUACUUUCUCUAUGGUACAAUCUUUUGGGAGAGAGACAGAAAGCAAAACCUGGGAAAGUCAAUUCUAAGUCAUCUCACCAGUUACGAGGAACACUCUGACUGCUUGUCAUGCGUUGGAGAGCAAAAAGAAACUCCAUGCUUUCAUCCCUGCUGCCAGAAUCUUGUGCUUCAGAUGGCUGUUAACUGUGGGCUCUUCUGUGUAACAAUAGAUGGUUGCAUUGUACCAUCUGAUGAUAGUAUAAUGAAAACAUCUCAGACAGCUCCAAAGGAAACCCCUCUGUUAAGUAGCCAUACAACUGAGGCUAGUACUUCAUGCCAUGAUAAAGACAGUAUCAAAAGACCUAGCACCCAAGUCGGUGUUGAUGAGCCAGUGUUCAAUAAGGAUGAUCUGCUUGACCAUACAAAUGAUGUAAAUGUUGAUGUUGGAUCCAACAGAUGCAGUACACCCCAAGGAAGUCUGAAAACCCAUGAAGUCACCCUUGGUGAGCCAUCCACAUCAUUGCUGUUCAUGCCAGGAAGCAAUCAAGGAAUGCUAUGGAAGCCAGCUGAGUUGAAGGACAAGUGUCAGCAACAUCUAGAGAACAUUGAUCCUUACUGCAGUGAACUGGCCAAGUUUGUAAUGCCCUUGAAGGGCUUUCUUGCAGCCAUAAAUCCUUCUCAAGAUAAUGCCACAGAAAGAAGUAACUUGAGGUACUUUUUAAAGAUUAUUGACAAGCAUGCAAAUAAAGAUGUACAGAGCCAAGUGCGCCUAAGUAGCAACAAUGGCAGUCAGGAGUGUAUGCAAGUUCAAGGGUACAGCUCAUUCUGUGGACUUUGUGCAAUGAACAAUGCAAUAGGUUGUUCCAGGAAAGGACCUACUUUGUUCAAUUUGUUUGACCUAGAUUUGGCAGCAGACAUCAUUUGGUUAAAACAGGUUUGUGAAGUUGGCUGUGGAUUUUCUGUACCUUUAGAGCCUAUGCGGGGUCUUGAUGGUGACUACAGUAUUUUAGCAAUGGAGGAGGCAGCAAUUAGGAAGAACUGUACAUUUCAAAGACUAGAUUUACCCUUGAGGGCACUUGUGGAUGGUGCUGCAAUUAAUUCCCUUGACCCCAGCAGUCUCCAGGAAUUUUAUUCCCUUCUUCUGGGAUUGUUCCAGGCAGAUGAGAGACCAUCACUCAUUGUGAGGACAAAGGAAUAUCACUUUGUUACUCUGCUCUUUAAAGCAGAUGCAAUUGUACUUCUUGAUAGUCGCAGGGACAUCUGCUCUUCCACUGUCCCUUAAAGAUGGCCUAGGUUACAUUCAGAGAGAAGCAUAUCAGAACCCAGAUUUUGCUGCUGUAAACCUUCAAGGGCCUGGAACUUAUGGCAAUCCUGUGAGAGUGAAUGACUUGCCAGAAGUUAAGCUGCACACAAAUUUUUCAUUGCACACUGGAUGAGGUGUGGGAUUUAAGCAGUACUAUAAGUGAUGAUACCAUCAUUGCCACACUCCAUGGACAAGUCAAAGCAAAAGAUGUUCGUACCCUCAAGCCAGGUAACCAAAUAAAUGAUGUCGUGAUCAACUACAUUGGUCCAUUCUUAAUGAGUCAGAAAAAGGAUGUGUAUGUGGCAAGCACCUUUUGGCUAAAUCACUGCAGCCAAGAGCUGGGUCUUAAGGAAAUGCUUAGGUGUGAUUUUCACAAGUAUGAAAAGUUUGUAUUUCCUGUUCAUUGCCCUGGUCACUGGUGGUGUGUCUUAAUAGACAGGCCAAUGAAAUUGUAUGGGGAAUUUGACUCCUUUGUAAAGAUCGAAGGAGUGAUUAUGUUUUCAGGUCUUGUGCAGGGAAUUCAAAACUGCAAAUAUUGAUAUUUCUUCAUUUCAAGGUUAAGUCAGGAGGAAAGAGAAAAGUUGCCUUCUCAAGGACAGAAUGUUUUUGACUGUGGUGUCUUUGUCUUGGGUUUUAUCAGUGCAUUUGUCAACAACUUGGAAAUGAAUUUCAGCUUAAGGGAUAUGCCAUUCCUGCGAAUUCAUUUAUGAAAAUUAUCAUGAAUGGGCAACCAGUAUGUGACAUUAAAAAUUGUCCCAGUACCCAAGAAAGUUGUCAUCCAGCUUGUGAAGAAGGUGGCCAUGGAAGUGUCCUUGGGCUAGUUGGUUUGCUCUACCAUUGAAACUAUGAGAUGUAGGGGUCAAGAGAAUAUUUGCAGUGACAAAGAAUCUGGAGUAAGUGGUACAGGACUUAUACAUUGUGCUGGUGAAAACAGCAGUGCAAGAAUAGGUGAAGAUGGAAUUAAGAAAUGCAGAACAGGAGUGAGUCCAUUUAGUCCAGACAAAACCAUGGAAGAGGUUUCUGUUGGUUUUGGUGUUGCUUUUCCUGGUAAGUAUGAAUUAGGGGAUUUUGAGAAGGAUUAUGAAGAUAUGGAAGAUGAUCCAUUUGUUGUCCCCCUCCUCUUCUGCCAUUAGACAUUCAACUACGGGACAAAGACACAGAGUUGUCAAAUGAAAACAAUAUUCAAGGUAAUUAAUAUGUUGACCAUUUUCACUCUUUGUCUCUUUGUUUUGUAAUAUGAAUUUUUGCUAUAUUGUUCCAUAAUUAUUCAUCUCUAUAAACCUUGUUUUUUUUGUUAUUUGCUAAAGAAAGCAUUGUUGUGCCUUUUUACAGCCAGUGAACCAGAUGAUGAAGAUUUGGUCUUGUAUGAGCUCCUCAAGCCUCCUUAUGAUGCUUCUCACGGGUAUGCAGAAUUUGUGAGUGAUCUGUGGUUUUCUUCUGCUUGGGUUUUCUCUUACAUUAUUAUUAUUAUUAUUAUUAUCAUCAUCGUCAUUAUCAUUAUUAUUAUUUUUACCACUGUUGUUGUUGUUGUUGUUGUAUACUAUGCAGAGAUGUUCUUGUAACAUGCCCAGUAGUUUAGGGGAAUAUCAUUAUUAUUAUUACUAUUAUUAUAAUCAUUUUAUAUUAUGCAGAGAUGUUCUUGUUAACAUGUCAAGUAGUUUAGGGAAUAUCAUUAUUGUUCUUAUUAUUAUUAUUAUUAUUAUUAUUUUAGUACUAUUACUUUUGUGUUUUGUUUCCCUUGAUGACUAGUUUUGGAUGUUUUUUAUUGCCUUGUGUCUGCAAUGAAUUUUAAGUUAAAUUAUUAUAAAUACAUCUAAUGAUUAAUAGUCCUUUAAUUGCUAAAUUUGUUUGUUGGGUUAACAUAACGAUGUGGUUGUUUUCAUUGUCCCUUGAGUUAAUUUAUAGCAUAUCAUCAUUAACAUACUGAUACUUGGUAAGUGGUACUUACCCGAUGAAAUUAAGCCAAAUGUGCAUUUUAAUACGAAUUUGGUGAAGACAGUCUUUCACAAGCCAAGUGUCAUUAGAUUUUCUUUCCUAAUGGAGACUGAUUUUCUUCACAGCUUCCAACCCUACAGAUGCUCUAUUCUAAAGAAGAAAGGAAGGUAUUCCAAGGCCUUAACCCCAUCACUGAGCAAUAUCUUUUCAAACUAAGGAAGGAGAAAGGGAUAAAUGUUCCAAGAGGGUGUUACCAUGCAGUGAUGACAACAGAAGAAAUGGUAGAUUUUGAUUACUGGAGGCAGGUAAGGAAGGGAAGUCGAGACAAAGAUUUUUCCAUUACAGGUGGGAUAGAGCCUUGAAGUUUGGACCAAGGAGACCACAGAAGAGUUGAUAGAUGUGGCAAGUAUCUUAGAGCGAGUUGAUAGUGAUGGAUGGGUCUUAUUGAACAUCACAGAACAGUAUCACUAUGAAAUGUGGAGAGACUGGAAAUGGAGGCAACUUGAGGAGAAAGACCUUUUGUAAUUUUAAAUAAAAUCAAUAAGGCAAGCUAUUUGGCACAGAGUAAUACUAAUAAUUAACCCUUUAACUCCCGUGUGUGACCAAGACAGAAUUUCUCUUUACACUAUCAAUACAAUAUCAAGCAGACAAGUGAUGAGAAUAAAGAAAAUUAUUGAUAAGGGGAUCAUUAGUUGAUCCAAUACCAAAUUCUCAAAACUAACAUCACAAGAACUAUAUGACAGACAGUAAGGAGAAAUACUAAUGAGAUCAUGGGAGUUUAAGGGUUAAACACUUAAUGGGUCAUGUGUUCAUUCUAACAGUUUCAAUUGGGUUUUGAAGCAUGCUUAAUUCAAGUCAUAUCCAAAAUUCCCUUGCUCCACAUUGUGAAUUGUACUUAGACAUGGCCAGAGAACAUCAACAGAGAAUGUGACCUCUUAAGCAUGUUUGCAUCAGACCUAUGAAUUUGUCCACAAAACUUCCUUUGGAAUUGUUGAGUUCCAGAGUUUCACAUCUAGUGCAUUUCCAGAGCAGUAGAAUUUAAAAAAUUGACACAAACAUUUAAAUUGCAAAGAAUUUAUUUAAAACCUUUAUGUUUACAGCAACCCACAUAAAAAAAAAGAAAUCUUACCAACAAUUAUGAAUGAAUUAGUGAAUAAAAUAGCCUUGACUCCUCAAUCUGGUGUCAACUGCUUUAUUUUAUUCAAAAGUAUAUAAGGGUAAAUUGGAGAGUUACUUACUGUGAUCUGUGAAAUAAUAUUGAAUAAUUAGAGCCAAACAGUUGCAAGUAAGUAUGAAGGUAGAAUGGAUUUAUGGUAUAUUAGUGCACUAUGGUCCACUUUAAAUUUCACAAAUUCCAAAAAAACUAUUUCACCUGAAGUUAUUUGCUUGAAUUAUUUGUAGUGAAGAUGUUUAUUUCCAUAGAAGUGUUGCAUGUUCAAGUACAACUGGAGCAGUUUUUUUUUUAACUAUCCAUUUGUGUUCGUUAAAUGAGCAAUUUCAGCUUGAAUUUUUAGUUAGAUUAAUUAUGGAUUGCACAUGUUGUGUGCACAAAAAUGACACAAAAAGUUUAUUUGUUGCAAACACUUACAGUGUAUCCUAUUUAUCAAGAGAAUUUUGUCAACAAAGGACAUCAUAGCAGGAAAAAGGUAACCAAAAUUUGUAUGAAACAUUAAAAAAGGAACAACUAGCGUGAUUUUACUUAACCCAUGAAACAGUAUGUAAACAAACCUGUAUGACACCAGCGGCAUGUUUGAUUGUUGGAUCACCCCCAUGUUGUGUGUGGAAAACAUGACAUAAGCCAAAAAUUUUUGUAACGCAUAGUAGUCUAUGAUCAAUUUCAUUGGUUGGAUAAAAUCACUCUAUGUUCAUCUACAAUAUCUUGUCGAGAAAUAAAUUAUGACAGAGCUUUGCCUUAGCAUGAGCAUGAAUGAUAUUGCUCAAUUGUCUUCUUUAGUGAGGCAUGUAAUUGAUGAGGAGAAAGUAAUACCUGUUUAUUUUGUCAUCUGUUAAAAAUUUGAUUAAAUCUGAAUUACUUAGGGUUGGUUUUCUUUAUUUCCUCAUAUAGGCAUCUCACUUUUUGGGCAGAUGUCUCUCUGGAAUGAAAUUUAUUUUUUUCCAUUUUCAUCUUAAUUGGAAAGGCCAAAAAUACAACAACAAAAACCACAUCAAGUCUAAUAUUAAGGCGACAAAGUCUCUGUGAACCAGUUUAAUUGCAGUAUUACUCAGAGUGCUUUUCAAUUGAGUACUGUGAAACCAAAACCAAAGUAACUGCAAUGGCCAGUCAGAAAAAGGGAAAUAUCACAUGGAACCAAUCAGGACUCAAAGUAAAUACAUGCAAAUGGCCUGAAGUGCAGAAAAAUGCGAGGAACAAAGUUAUGAUUGAUUUUGGGUUUGCAUCUGAUUGGUUGAGAGGGUGGCACAAGAUUUCUGGGUCAAUCACAGAGCAUACUUGGGCAAAACCAUCACAAUCUUGGAUUACUUUUGACACUCAAUUGAAAAUUGCUCUAUCCAAAGCAGUUCCUUGCUUUUCUUUUGAGGCAUAUAUUAUGUCUCUCAAAGGGGACAGUGGGUUUAAUUCACAUUUGAAAUCCAAAUUCAAAGAAUUUUAGCACACUUUAAACAAACGUGGGUGACACUGCCAUAGGUUCAAUUUUUCUAGGUUCAAAAAAUUUUUUAAAGUAGUCUUUUGAGUUUCGUUCAAGAUUGCAAUUGAAAAUAGAGAGAACCUUCAAAUUCUCACACACUGGUAGAACUUCCAGUGCAGAAUCAACAUUUUCUUGAUUGAGGGUAUGUACAUUUCCUCCAAUUUCCAGAACCCUAAGAACAUAGGAAAAAAUGUAUGAAUAAAUUAUUAACUUGCAUUGAGAUUAUUAUCAAGUGAUUACAACCCCCUGAAAGUAAAUAGAGAAGAUCUACGUUUUCUCGUGUUUGUGUCGUUCGUUUCGCUAAGGCAGAGAAUCAUUCAAGGAGUCAGAGUUAUACCAUUCCAUAUGAUUUUAGGGACGAAGGUGAUAGCACGCUCACAACACGCUUCCAAUCGAAAACAAAAGAAACUGGCUAUAACGCUUGCUGAGCAUGCUAAAACACACUUUGCUCAUGCUUUUUAUUUCUUAUAACACUCUACAAAAAUAAAGCUUGCGCCGUUGAACAGUGAAGCGCGAGCAGGCAAACACGCAAAGCGUGUUAACCUUCGAAUACAAAAAAAGCUAGCGUAAUAGCGGGCACAGCAUAGUAGCGUGUAACCCGGUGUGCAGCACGCAUGUUAACUGAACCUAACGCUUAGUCAUUACACAGUCAAUGUACUCUCAUUCUUACGGUAAAAACCGAACCUCCCAUCGGUGUUUAUAUCGUAAAAAACAAAGUUGAAACAUUUGGCCGCGAACGAGUUGCAAGGAUUCAAGGCAGACACUUCAAUUACUUUUUUUUUUUUAUGUGGAGUGGUUACUUUUGAUGAUAUUUGUAGUAUUUUGAAGCACAAAAUGUAACUCAGUGCCAGACGAAUUGCGCCGAUCGCGUAAACAACCAAACAUGUGCAAGAUAUUCAUAAAGCGCCAUAACAUAUAGCCGGUAAAGGCCGAAACAUUUGCGUAAAAGUUUAUUCCAUCGGAUGACCAGAGCGAUUUUUAGGGAUGAUAAAAUCAACAGUAAGGAACAAUUUUGUUUUCAACAACUCUUUGUUUCUGGGAGCACUACGACUCUCAAACGAUUGUUUUCUCUUAAUCACGCGCUCAGUCACGUGCCUGAAACUCGAUUCAAUCAAUGCAGUAAACAAUUUGCGAAACGGGAACUUAUAUAAGAUAACGUGAUGGUGUAUAACUUUUGAAGGCGUUAAAAUUCAUUUGUCGUACCAUUAUUUACCAUUGUUUACCAUUAUGUAAGCUUGCCCAUCACAAUGAAGUGCUAUUGAGUUCAAGAGGAAAACAUUUGGAUGAACGGCAGAAAUAUCUAGCUACGUUUUACUUUAGUGUGUCCUCCUGUGUAAACUUGCACGCUAAGCGUAACAUCGAUCACGCUUUUCAAACCGAAACAAAGACCAAGCGUGCUAACUUGACCAAAACGAAACAGUGUGUACUUGUUGUUAAAAAAUAAUAUAUGCACAUAUUAAACACGCUAAGCGUGUUGUGAGCGUGUUAUCACCUUGUCCCUGAAAUUAUAUGGCGGGUCACAUUUGUCAUUUGGAGGCAAUUUAAAACGAGGAGUGCGGCUGUAGCCCUGUCGGCCACUUCCCCUCUGCGACGAAGAUCUUGAUUAAAUCUCCUAAAAGAGACGUCUGCGAUUUUUGAGAUUUUCAAAAGAGACACGAUUUUAAACCAGCCAAAACUUUUCUAAACAAAAAACAAACAGAAACAAAGCAGAUACUACCCUUAUAAAUUAGCUUUGACAGAGCCUCAACAGAGCAAGGUUGCUGGCUCUUUCGCUGUGCGGGUACUUGUGGGGUUUUCACCAUCCUGUUAUGUCAUGCUUACGAGCUCAGAUAGUCUAAAGAGAGCGUAAAGGCCAUCUACGACUGUUACGUAUUUUCUUACUUUUCGCGCGUAUUUUUAGCCUUGACGCUUUGUUUGUCAUCUAAAAUUUCAACCCCUAUCCAAUCGGGAUGAUAGAAGCAAAUAAGUUCAAUUGUGUACCUCAGAUUCUCCAGACUUUGCCGGUUUGAUGCCAAGACAUUUAAAAUGGCAGCCAUGUGGCAAGUACCUUUGCAGCGAUAACUCUUCGACGUUGGGUUGUCGAGCGAGGAGCUUUGCCACUUGUACAGAUGUAACAUUGUUACAGUCACUGAUAUCCAAAUAUUUCAAAUCGUGACAUGAAAGUGAUUCCAACACCUAAAAAAAGACAGACAACGCAAUCAAAAAGGCAGGGCCAAGAUAGUUUAUAAAUUCGAGAUUCGAAUUAUCACAAGAUGGUGUCACCUUGUGACCAGACGUUAAUAAGGGGAGGAGGGAGGGAAGAUGUGAUGUUCUAUGCUAUAUUUCAUGGCGAAUAAGGUGGCCUGAUCGAGAGACAAAAGAAACAAAAAUAAACAAGAUAUAAUAGAAGUAAUCAAAGAUUAUGAGAGAGCGUUAGAUGCCCCAAAUUCAAAUUACUUUUCAUUUCAUUCAUAUUCAUGCCUGAAUUGACAAAUUUUAACGUCUGCUUUACUGCAUUUGUGGCGUUCGCGUUGUUGAUAUCCGCGCUUUUGCUGUUAUAAAUAAGGAUAUUUAAGUCUAGCGUGAAUUAAUUUCCCGUGGAAUUUCCUUGUUUUAUUGCUAGCAAGUAGAGCGAUUUUUAUAUGCUGCAACUGUUUCGACUGUGGUCUCGGGUCUGUUGCGUGACAGCUUCAAUGUCCGUAAAAUUUAUAUAACUUAUAUAAUAACAGAUAAGCUAACAUGGUUUGAUGCUACUCUGGUUUACAGAUUUAAUGAGUGUAACCGAAGAAGUUACAAUUCAUAGACCUAACGUUUCGACACUCCUGUCUAGUUUGAAUAGCCACAACGUUAAAGUGGCUCAAAAACCUUUUCAGACUUUGGGGCAUAUUUUCGCCAAACCCAAGGAUCCUGACGAUGGCGGUUUGCUUCCUGACGGCUAUUUACACUUCGUCAGAAAAAAAAAGGCCGCUAAUUAGUGAUCAUAUAAAACGACCUCUUGUUGCAUCGUUUAGAUCACCUUUGAUGAAGGCACUAGACAGGAGUGUCGAAACGUUGGGUUUAUGGAUUCUAACGUCUUCGGUUACAUUCAUUAAAUCUGUAAACCAGAGUAGCAUCAAACCAAGUCUGAUUGUCCACCUGAACUUUAAUAUAUUUUAACAGAUAAGCUAUUUACAUUAAACUUCCAUGAUGCAAAACAUUUUUUCUUUUACCGAUAAUAUUCACAGUGUGGCAAAAACUUUUCGGUAGAAUUAUAUAUUUUCUAUGGGCAGUGUUCCAAGCUUGUUAUAUCUUAGUAACAAGAUAUAUUAGAAGUAAUCAAAGAUUAUUGGAAAGCGUUCAGACCACAGGCAACCGCAAACGAACGCAAUAAUAGGCUAAGCUCAAAAAACUCCCGUUUGGUACUAACCUCAUCGUUAACAGCUUGAUUAAGGGCAGAAAGUCCCACCAUUUCCAGACUGCAUCUCUGGUGCAAAAAUUCCUGGAGUAGUUUGGAGGAUGUCAGUCGCUCGCAAUAACCAAGGUUAAUACCGAUCAGUCCCAUCGGAAUGAAUUCGCAGAGUUCUUCUCCACUUAUAUUCGUACAAUAAAUGUCCAGGCUUAUCAGUCGGACCAUAUCCUUCAACGGUGCAAAGUUACUUACUUUGACACAGAAUCUAAGGCUGAGAAAUUUCACGUGGGUGAUGUUAGACCAUAUGCCUUUGUUAGGAAUGUAGGUCAUCCUCCUCUCGAAACAUCGGAAGUCAAGAAGCGUAAAUGGCCUUUUAGUAGAAACCAAAAUUUUGUAAAAUGUUCUGCAUGUUAAAGACACAUUUACAAGAUCCGAAGUUGAAAGAAUGUUGAAUAAAGCGAGAAGGCAAACGUGGGGCAAGCGGUCAAUUGUCGACAUCUUUACCUAUAAUGUUGAAACUUUGCCGAUUAAACCUGUAUUAGCGGUCGGAAUGACUGUAUGGCCGAUUAUUUAAGGUUGACUGCUUAGGUCAAGACAAAAGAAAAAAGCCCUUAUGACCCCUUCAAGGUUGACCGCGGUGACCACUUGAUAAAGGUGACACAAAGAAUAAUUAGAGGAAAUCAAAACUUAAUUCGACAGUUGACCGUUUUAUAAAGGGUGACUGCCGCUUAAAAGGCAUAGGUCGCACUUGGGCAAAGGUUCUAUCUUGGGGAAUUUUCAAUUUCGCUUUCAAGUAAGAGUUAUCAUAAUUCAAAUUCUGCGACCCACUUUUCCUUGAGUGACAUAGCGUUAGGAUUUAUAUCUUUUGAACGAAAAACAAAUUAGCUAAAUGCCGACACUUUUGCUGAAAAGGGUUUCCUGUAACCCAAAGGCGAAAUUCCAGGAUUGUGCGAUACACUCCUGUACGCAAAGUAUCCGAUCAAAGCUGGCAAAAUUCAAGACAACCUAAUCAGAGAAACUCUGGUUUCAGUGACUGUUGAGGUAUCAAAACCACUUCAAAUAUUUUUCGUCGUCAGGGGGUUUAAAAUAUACGUCUUCGGAAUUCUGAUUUCCUUUUAGCACAUUAAGCUUACUUUAAACCGAAAUUUUUUGAGCUGAUUAGUUUUUUUUCUUGCAUGGGAAAAAUAACCGAGAUUGCAUCGGUCUUCUGUUACUUUUUCGAUGAUUGUGAAUACCGGGACCCUUUGUCACUUCACUUCCUUUUUUUUUACUCAACAAAGUUUCCAACCUCUUUUCAUUGCCACACCAAAGCCCUACAGCGUCUCUGAUGUUUUUGCCGAUUUUCCAAUAAACUAGGCAAAUUCCUGGAUAAAUUCCGAAAUAGAAAAGUUAGGGUUGCAAUUUGGAAAAGUGUCUCCUUGACAGAUUUUGACCGCAAAACUUUGCCAAGUGCGAUCAAUUCGCAGAUGUGAGAAAAGUCUUUGUGCCGUUUGCCGACAAAUAGUACUUCUUUGUUCUGCUAACUGAAAAACUCACUCGCGAUCACGUAUGGUCCAUAAUCUAAAACCAACUUCGCCGAACAACUGCUGUUCUGCUCGCCUGUUUUUUUUUCAGGUAAGAAACAUUUUCUAUUUAACUUCUAUGAUCACGCAACGGUGAUCGUACCCCAUUAUACGAAACCUAAAAGUUUUUGUAGCUGGAAAUCUCUCCCAUGGAGAACUUUGUAACAGCCUGGAAUACGAUACAUCGUAUUACAACUUUUUUAUGACAAAACGACUAUUGCGAAAACAAUUUAGUUCUAGAGGUUAUUACUUUUAUUCUUAAAACAAGAAAAAUAAUAUUGUAGCUGACUAGUUAAAUCGCGAACUUUUCAAAACUCAUCCUUUGUUGAAUACGGCUUCCUGCCCAUUGCAAUGUUGCCUAACACAAUCUAAGUGAGACUCCAUGUUAGUUUACCGCACUAACACCGCAAGGUACGAGGGGGAGGUUAGUCCUAUCUUGAGAACUGUGUUCCAACACUUUUUCACAGAUUGUGGAUUCUCUAUCUCAAGAUGCUUAAGGGCCUAUUUACACGGUACGUCAGAGUUUCUCGCAUGCGACAAGCUUACGACAUGCCAACUACAGACUUGUGUCGUGUGAAUCAAACCAAAAACUCGCGAUCGCUUACGACUUUCACAUGCGACACAAAAAAUGUCGUAGGCUUUGAAAACAUUUUCUAAAACGCUGCGACAAUCGUAACCGAAUUCGACAGAAAUUACUUAAUAUAUUGUCACAAAUUUCUGGGGAAGGGAGGAAGGCGAAGUUUUCUUGCGUCAAAAUGUCGACAAUACACAAUCGAGCACAAAUUUUUAAAAUAGCCGUCAUGAGGACCAUUUUAUGACGAAUGCCAGACAAAAUGGCAUUUGAAAUUGUACGCGAUUUUUGCAGGGAGUAAAUAAAAUGUCGUGCGCGUGUAAUUGGUCCUAGCCUGUCUUAAGGUUACUUCUCACCUUCAGAGACUGAAAAGAUCGAUUUUUCUUUUACUAGACUAAACUGAAUUCAAACUUUCAACCUAACGUUUCCUUUAACAAAAAUUCCGAAAUCUUUAAAAGCACCCGAGUUAUUAAGAAAAACGCAUUUUCAAAAAAAAAGUUGAUAAAUCAGGAAGGUGUCAUAAUCUUGGACCCUGGGGAAAUUUUCGCGGCAACCGCUCAUGUUGAGGUUCGAUUUUAAUGUUAUUUCCAUAUUUUGUUUACAGCGCGCAUUUGACAAAAUUCACACAUGGAAAGCUCUUUGUUUAUGGAAAUAUAUUUGAUUUCGUGAAAGCGACUGGUAAUGGCGGAGCUCCACGUUGGCGUCAGAUUUCGAUCUAAGAAGUCGCCGUCAAACUAAAAUUGGUAAAAUUUCCGCACAGCCCCAUACUAUUGUAAAACAAAUCUGUUUUCCCAAUGGCAAUCUAUUGUUUUGUUAUUGUCUUCUCUAUCAAAAACUGAAUGCAUAAUGUGCGGAAAUUUUACCCCAAAAUUUGCCAUAAAUGAUGUUAAAACGAGGUUUCCUUUUCGUUACGCAAGUACCAGCCUUGUUACAAAGACAUUAACAAUUGCCUCGAAUCGCAAUUUUGAAAGCUGUAUGUCGAUUCGUUGUCUUGCUCCUCAGCACAUUUUGCGGUUUUCCAUUUUUGCCGCGGGUUUUUUUUUUGCCCUUCGCAACUUUGCACAUUAAUGUGUCGUCCUCCUCAACGCUCCACUCAGCGAUCGAGAUAAGCAAAAAAAAACGUGCCUGCAAUGAGUUACUUUUCUUGGUUAAUCUUGAUCAUCGUCAUUGACGCCAGGAGGUUCCGUUGUCCUAUUGGUUUGCGGUUUCAGGAGGCAAGCGGAUAAUCACCUGGCGUGACGCGGUUGUUCGCGAGCCUUUAUGAACUAAAAUCUCGCAUUUGAUUUUGGGAGGAGUACAACCACUUUGAGCGAAUUUAUGGGGUAUACAGAUUUGACCGAUUUUCGUCAAAUUUCGCCAAAACAUCUUAGGAAUAAUGUCAAACAAAAGUGUCUUGGGAAGUUUUGAUAUCUGAAAUAUUUAUCCCGUGGCUUCCAUUUACGCAACACGACUUGCACAUUUUUAGUUAUUCCAACUUUAGAUGCCAAUAUCUAGACAACCAAUUAGAAUAUCAAAAAAGCCUAUUACACUUUUGUUGACUGAUGCCUUGUGAAUAGGACUGUGUAGCCAAUUAGUUCGUGCUGCAGCAUCCCAUACGCGAUAAAUUUAAAAAUAGAAGACCCUUCGGUCGUUUCACGCCUUACCGGAUCCUGACACUUCCUUAAAAGAAAAGUUGCUUGAAGUCUAUUUUUAUCGCAAACUGCAUUUAUGAAGCUUUCUUCUGAUAUAUCGUUUGCUAGGAUUGUAGUGAAACUGGUGCGCGAACGAAUUUUUUUUCCCGAAGGACACCCGCGAAGGGAAGUAACCUUAAGCUUGUCGCAUGCGAUUAAGUCGUACCGUAUAUAUCGGCCCUAAACACAAAAAUUAUACAUGACUUUUUAUAUAUCGAAGUGAAUACUCUGAUACAUCCUCUUAUGUUUUUUUUUUAUAUGCCUGGGAGCCGAGCAAACUGAUAACUACCCAUAUUCUCUCGUUCUCUUUAAAAUAGAAUUCUUGAUCAAUUUUUGCUGAGUUGGCUACCAUGGCCCGAGAUGGAGGAUCACGUGGUGAGAUAAACUAAUUUUCUUCUCUGCUGUCCUGAGAAGGUUUCCUAUACUUUCAGAAUAGAACAGAAUUCUGGCUACCCUAACAACUCAACAGGAAAUCGUCACUUUUAAAUUAAAUGUUCUAAGGGAGUCCUUGAAAUUGCUUGGAGGUUUAUCGCCUAUCAUGAAUUAAAAGCAGUGAACAAGGCUGUAAUGAAUUACACACAACUCCAGAUGAGGGUUUCUGGUGUAGUGAAGUACUGGUGCAUUUCAUCCCUGAGAAGCAAUCAAACUACUGUUUUGUCACAUUUAACAUUACUUAAAAAUUAAUAAUCGAUGACUUAGAUGUCAUGCAUAUCAAAGAAUAUUGGCACGGAAAGAGGUACUCUCUUUAAUGGUUCAUGUGCAUAUUCAGGAUGAGCUUUAUUGUAUCUCUAGUGUGAACAUUGGUGGUGAUAUUUUUGAGAAAGGCCAUCAUUGAACGGUCAUGUUUACGGGUUUGAAGGAAACAUUAAACCACAGAGGCCCAGGGCUAAACAGCUUCGUAAAAUGUUGUUGUAUAUUGAUAUUACUGAGUGAUACAUUUCUUAUGUUUGAAGAGCAUGUCAUUAACAUGGACUGGCUUGAAAGGGAAAUAGUUAUGGAAGAGGAACUGGAAAGAGGAAGAGAAGAAAAAAGAAAAGGUGAUGAGCAAACGAAAAGAGAGGAACAAAUAAAGAGAGAAGAACAAAGAAAGAGAGAAGAACGAAGAAAAAGAGAAGAACGAAGAAAAAGAGAAAGGGAAUGGAAAGCGCAACAGGAGAGGGUAAAAAGGUUAGGAAGAAAAAGAGAGAGACGUCAAGAGAUGAGAGGCGCGGAGUUAGAGAGAGGAAGAGUGGGCGUAACGGCAAAAGAAAGGACCCGGGAUGAAAUUAACAGAGGAAGAGAUAAGAGAAGAGGUAAGUGUAAAACCAAGCAUUAAGCAAGUGUUGACUGACUGUAAAAGGUCCCAUUUCAGUGGCAUGUCUAACAAGUCGCCUGGGGCUUCUUUCAAGUGACCCUUAAAUGAUAAGAUUACACACAGCACACGAUUGUAGUGAAUGUGUAGAAGAAGUGUUGCGUUUAAUCAUAUCUAUCUCGCUCAAAUAUCUAGAGGAAACACUUUGGUUGAAGGAGACAAAUCUUACAGUUUUAAUUUGAUAGCUAUGGCAACAUCAAAAUCUUGCGAAAGAUAGGAGGAGAAAGCAUUGUAGGAACGGUCAAAAUUCUGGUACAGGUAUUUCAUGAAGACGAAUAAUAAAUGUAUACACGAUUGUUGGUGUGUCUGGUGCCAAAAGAUUCCCUUUUGUCUAACCCUGACCCAAAAGGUUUUAUCGUUUGAGUCUAAGGUGAGGCCAGAUGAUGCUCACCUGAGGCAGGACUUUUAAUUGGGACUUUGUGUUUUUCCGGCUUUACUCAGAGAGGUUAAAGUUAGAGGACAUUUUUCUGGAAAACUUCCCUUCCCUCUUAUUUGGACUGCAACAAUAUUGUGCUUGUCUGUAAUUUUCUCAUUUAUAUUUUUAUUCCAGUUCGGUGUCACAAGUGUCGAGGGUUUGGCCACGUACGUGCCGAAUGCCCAACGAGACGCGGCCCGGUUGUGCCCCACCAAGAUCAAGAUCAAGGAAAAAGAACUGAUAGUUAAUAAUUAUCAUUUUCACGCCUCUCUUGACAAUGUAAGAUUUCACUAAUAAGUUUAGUCAGUUAUCUUACAUUGCCAAGAGGUUUAUUUUAUACUUUAAUACUAAUAUUCAAUUAAUUAAAAACGUACACGUGAUUUAUCAGUAUUAUAAAUUUAAUGUAUAUUGUUUCUUUUUUAUUUUUACGUGAUCGAAAGACAUUAAAUAUUUGCUUACAUAGAUUUUUCUUUUGUUUACGCCCUUUCUUUUGUGACUCUUGAUGUCAUGUCAAGUUCUCCAUUGGUUCCACAAGUAAACAGACACCAUGCACUAAACCCUUUAAUUAUUCUGUUACGGUGAAUAGUACCCGUGGGCCUCUUCGUAGAUGUUCACUUUGCUUAUAACGCAAAGAUAAAUCAAUAGUUUGCCGUCAAUGUAUGCACAUGCAUCUGUGUAUACAGAGACUUCUGGGGAAAUUUCUCAUUGCCUGAAAACAUUUUUAACGCUAAACUGACUUAAAUUCCAAGGGUGUGAGGAAUAUGCAGACCCUUUUCAACAAUCAGAACAUCACAGUGGUAAAACAUAACACCAAAACUUGCAGACUGAUAAACUGAUAUUUUAUAGGGAAGGCUACAUUCUCUUUUCCAGCAAAAUAAUCUCCUCAGACUCAGUGAUAUUUGUCGAAUAAUCCCCAGGCUUUGUGCAGGGGAUUCUACAGUGUACCGACUAAAAUUAUUGACCUCACCCGAGGGUAAGCUUUCAUUGAAUGUGGAAAUUCUCAAAAAAUGAAACAAAUUCUGACAAUUUAUCCAGCGAGUAGAAUAUAUCUUAACAUACCAAAUCCAAUCUUCACCCCAAUUUUCCAUUUUCUCAAUCAACUCUAAAAACACGUGGUUAAUUGUGACAAUUCAUCCUACAAGUAGAUAAUAUCACAACUUUUCUAUAUCCAAUCUUUACCCCGAUUUGUUCAAUUAACUUUAGAAAAACGGGGUAAAUCGCGACAAUUCAGUGGUUAAUAUCAUAACUUGCAAUAUUCAAUCUUUACCCUGAUUUUCCAUUUGUUCAAUGAAUUCUAGAAAAACGGGAUAAGUUCUGACAAUUCAUCACGCAAGUGGAAUAUAACCUUAGUUGUCAUGUCAAAUCUUUACCCCAAUUUUCUUUGUUUUAAUGAAUUAGUUCUAGAAAAACAGGGUAAACUCUGAGAGUUCAUAAUACCCUUAGCUCCCAUAUGCCAUCCUUCACUCCGAGUUUCCAAUUUUGCCAUAUCAAAUCUUUACCCUUAUUUUCCAUUUUUUUUUCGUUUAUUAGAGACAAAUAAGGUUAAAUCUUACAAUUAAUCCCACAUGUAGGAUACAUCAUAGCUUUUCAUAGUCAAUCUUCACCCCGAUUUUCCGUUUCUUGAGUAAAUUCUGGAAAAAUGGGGUAAAAUCUGAGUAUUCAUCCUUUAAGUGGAAUACAUCCUAACAUGUCACAUUCAAUCUUUGUCCCGGUUUUUUGCUUUUUUCCAAGAAUUCUGUACACAAUGGGGUAAAAAAAGGACAAUUCAUCCUACAAGUGAAACAUAUCCCAACUUGUUAUGUGUAAUCUUUACCCGAUUUUCCGUUAUUUUCAGAGAAUUCUAAAAAAACAAUUCAUCUCAUAAAAGAAUGUAUUCUAACGUGCCGAAUUAAUUUUUCAAUGAAUUCUGAAAACGGGCUAAAUUGUGUCCAUUCAUCUUUAAACUGAAAUAAAUUAUAACUCGGGACAUCCCUAAUUUUCCAUUUUUUUUUCUAAUUAAUUCCAGAAAAAGGGGGUUAAUUCUGAGAAUUGGUCCCAUAAGUGGAAUACAUUUUAAGUUUCCAUAUCCAAUCUUCAACCCGGUCUUCUAUUUUUAUUUCAAUGAAUUCCAGAAAAACGGGGUAAGUUAUAAGAAUUUAUAGCGUAAGUGGAGUAUAUCCUAAGUUGUCAUAUCUUAUCUUGACCCCGAUUUUCCUUUUUUAAUGAAUUAAUUCAAGAAAAAGAGGGUAAACUCUGAGAAUCCAUGCUACAACUUCCCAAAUGCCAUCUUUGCUCCGAUUUUCCAUUUUUUUUAGUGAAUUCUAGAGAACAAGGGUAAAUUCUUAGAGUUCAUCCCGCAAGUGGAAUGCAACCUGUACGUUGUCUUGUCAAAUCUUCCCUGAUUUUCCUUUUUUUUAAUGAAUUAAUUAUAAAAAAAAACGGGGUAAACUCUGAAUUUAUGCUAAUAGCGGAUAAUUCCCGUAGUUCCAUUAUGCCAUCUUUACUCUGGUUUUGCAAUUUUUUUUUUUUUCAAGAAUUAUAGAAAAACGGGGUGAAUUCUAGUAACUCAUCCUCCAAGUGGAAUAUAUUCUAUUGACCUGCCACAUCUAAUCUACUUUACCCCGAUUUUCCAUUUUUUUUUGGAUGAAUUAUAGAAAAACGGGGCACAUUCUGAAAAUGCUUCCACCAAUUGGAAUUUAUCAUGUUUAUCCUACUGACUUGCCAUAUCCUAUCUUUACCCGAUUUUCCAUUUUUUUUUUCAGUAAAUUCUAGAAAAACGGGGUACAUUCUGAGAAUUCACGCUACAACUGGAUAAUACCCUAAGUUCCCAUGUGCCAUCUUUACCCCUAUUUUCCAUGACUUUUUUCAGCGGUGAAAUUCUACGAUUAGCGCUAAUCGUUAGCCCCCCAAAAUAAAGCGAUACGCAAUAACUUAAUUGUGAUUAGGAGUUUUUUAUAACGCCCGCUUUCAGUUAUUAUUAACGUCCAUAGAAAUUCAAAACUUAGGCACAACAACGUGCUAUAUAAUAUAUUCUUCCUCUUUAAUUGUAGUUAUUCCCCAAUGAAGUCUCAAUUAGAGACGAAAUGCGUCCGAAAUAAACGAGAAGCUUACAACUACAAAAAGUGUUUCUUUGUGCGGCUCGCUAGUCUUAGUUAAAAAUGAAAGAUAGAAAAAAUUACAAGUUUUAAAAGAAGUUUAUGUUCUGAGUGAAUUCUAGAAAAGCGGGGUAAAUUCUGAGAAUUCUUCCUUCAAGUGGAAUUGAUCCUAGGGUGCCAAAUCCAAUCUUUAACCCGAUUUUCCAUUUUUUUUUUUUUUCAAUUCCAGAAAAACGGUAUGAAUUUUAAGAAUUCGUCCCUCAAGUGGCUAAUACCCUCAGUUCCCAUAUGCCAUAUUCACCCCGAUUUUCCAUUUGAUCGGUGAAUUUUAGAAAAACGAGGUAAAUUCUGAGCAUUCAUACUACAAGUGGAUAAUAGCCGAAGUACCCAUACGCUAUCUUUACCCCGAUUUGUGAUUCAUUCCAGGACUUCUACUUUUUCUCGACUUUGAAAAGGCCUUCGACACGGUAGAAUGGUCUUUUCUUCCAAAAACUUUACAGUGUUACAAUUUUUGGCAAUCUGCUAUCAACUGGAAGCUCUUUUACCAUAACACAGAAAGCUGCAUUCUUAACAACGGUUGGUCUAGCAACUUCUUCAAACUUGAAAGGGGGGUAAGGCAAGGCUGCCCUCUCUCUCCGUAUCUCUUUAUUCUCUGUGUAGAAAUAUUAGCCGAAACAAUACGGCAAAAUAAAAACAUUAAGGGCAUAAAAAUAAACGAACAAGAAGUAAAAAUCAGUCAAUACGCGGAUGAUACUACCCUUAUUUUAGAUCGAUCGCCCGCCUCUCUAACAACCUCCUUACAAAUAUUAGACUUUUUCAGCGAGAUUUCUGGUCUCCGAUUAAAUAGCAAGAAAACUGAAGCUUUGUGGAUCGGUGCGAAUAUUCGAAACGAAACACAUCUCAGACCCGACAAAGAUUUUAAAUAGGUAAAAGAUAAGGUUAAGGCUCUAGGCGUAUGGCUCUCCACCAACCCCAAAACCACUAUAGAAGCUAAUUACAACGAAAAACUAACUAAAAUCAGAAACAGCUUAAGCUGCUGGGAACUGCGCCGUUUAACCUUAUUAGGAAAAAUUACAGUUUUAGAAAGCCUUAUUGCCUCUCAACUGGUUUACAUCCUGUCCCCUCUGCCGUCCAACCACAGCGCUCUAACAGAAAUAAAUAAUAUGUUCUUCAAUUUUGUAUGGGAUGGCAAGGGAGACAAGGUAAAGCACAACAUAAUGAUCAACGACUACGAGAACGGAGGGUUAAGGAUGAUUGAUAUCAAAAUUUUCAACAAAGCUCUUAAAUCAAGUUGGGUAAAAAAUAUCUAGAUCCGGAAAAUCAAGGAAAAUGGAAACUUUUGUUUGACUAUGAAUUACAAAAUCUAGGUGGUGUCGAAUUUUUCGUACCAACCUUAAUAAACAAGAUCUGUUAAAAACUAUAAAAACUGCAGAGGCCUUUACUUCAGAAAUACUCCACAUCUGGUCAGAAAUCUCACUUGAAACUAAUUUCUCCUCCAUUGAUCAGCUAAAGGCGCAAAGUCUAUGGCAUAACUCUCUCAUACGUGUCGGUAACAAACCUGUAUACUAUCGUUCAUGGUCUGUAAAGGAGUUAAAACAGUGGGCCAUUUGAUGAAUGAUGCGAAUAGUUUCCUAUCUUUCUCUGAUUUUAAAGAGCUUUACGACAUUAAAACAAACUUCCUUACUUUUCAAGGCAUCUUAUCAGCUGUUAAGGCCUUACAAAAAAAACAAUGAAGCUAACUUCAACAGCUGUAAUACUGCAUACGAAACUACCUUCGACACCUUCCUAAAGACGACAAAACCAAAAAGACUAACAUAUAAAAUUCUGACGAGCAACAGAAUGCAUGCUCGAAACACCAGAUAAUGUCGACUGGAAGGCAGUUUACAGAACUCCUUUUCUGUGCACAAAAAUCACAAAAUUGAUUGUUUUUCAAUUUAAGCUACUGCACAGAAGACUAGCCACCAACACUUUUCUUACCAAGGUAAACCUUAGGGACAAUGAGCAGUGCACUUUUUGUAAAAGUGAGAAAGAGACUCUCAUCCACCUAUUUUGGACUUGUGAUAUAUCCAACCGUUUCUGGCAAGGUCUUAAACAAUGGAUAAUUUACCUUGGAGAACCUUUCGCAGAAAUUUUCAAUCUAUCGCCAUUUAUAGUACUAGGGCUUAAGCCACACAAAAACAAGAAACUAAACUUCCUUUUUGUGGUCACUAGAUAUUUUGUAUGGAUAUGCAGAAUGCGCAACAUCUCUCCGGAAAUAAAAACUUCCCCCUCUUCUUCUCACAUUAUAAUGCAUAAAUCAUUAUUAUAAGAAAAACCAUGCUUAAAACAAGCACAACACGCAUUAACUUAGUGUUUUCUUUAAUUCUGUUUACAUAUAAUUUGAUGUUUGUAUCCUUUUUUCCUGCACUUUUUUGUUUUCUUUUAAACUACCUUCUUUUCUAUAAAUUGUGAGUAGUGCACUCUGGCUGUAAACGCUUUUUUUUUUUUUUUUUUCUUUUCUUUUAAUAUAUUGUUAUUUGUUUAGUCGCUCUUCAACCAGUAUUGUUUUAAAUAUUGUAUUGCACUGUAACGUACGUAUUUGUAAAAACAAAAACGUAAGUAAUGUAGCUAUAGAUGUAACUGUACUGUAAGUUAUUUUCUGUAGCCGUGAUAUAAGUAAUAUAGCUGUAAUUAAAGUAAUAUAGUUGUUUUUAUAUUAAAAAUAAAUUAAAAAAAUUUAUAAAAAUAAAUAAAAAUAUUGUGACAGUCAGAUUUUAAAAAAAAUAUUUACCCUGAUUUUCCAUUUUUUUCAACAAAUUCUAGAAAAACAGGGUAAAAUCUAAGAAUGCAUCCUCCAAAUUGAAGAGAUCCCAAGUUGCCAUAUUCAAUCUUCAACCCGAUUCUCCAUUUUUUUUUUCAAUGAAUUCUAGAGAAACGGGAUUAAUUCUGCGAAUUCAUCGGCAAGUGGCUAACACGUUAAGUUCCCAUAUGCCAUCUUUACCCCGAUUUACCAUUUGAUCAGUGAAUUCGAGAAAAACGGGGUAAAUUCUGAGCAUUCAUGUUACAAGUGAAUAAUACCCGAAGUUCCCAUAUGCUAUCUUUACCCCGAAUUUCCAUUUUUUUCAGUGAAUUUGGCAAAAAACGGGGUAAAAUCUGAGAAUUCAUCCUCCAAAUAAAAAGGAUCCCAAGUUACCAUAUCCAAUCUUUAACCCGAUUUUCCAUUUUUUUUCAACGAAUUCUAGAAAAACGGGAUAAAUUCUACGAAUUCAUCCGCAAGUGGCCAACACGCUAAGUUCCCAUAUGCCAUCUUUACUCAGAUUUUCCAUUUGAUCAGCGAAUUCUAGAAAAACGGGGUAAAUUCUGUGAAAUUCAUUCUUUAGGUGGAAUAUAUCCUACUGACUUGCCAUAGCCAACUUUACCCCGAUUUUCGAUUGGAUCAUUGUGUGAAUUUGUCAUAAACGGGGUAAAUUAUGACAAUUCCACCCAAACGUGCAAUAAAUCCAACAAUGAUCUAGAAACAGUACUAAAAAAAGAACAGCUAAAAUCAGCGGGACCGCAAUAAAAUCACAUCACAAUCUACUACUUCAAAUUUUUACGGAGGGCUUAGUGCGAUACAGCAAAAACCUACAAUAUUUAAAAUAAACAACCAAAGGCCAAACUUCUGUGAUUCAAGGAAGACUUCGUGACGCGACGCAGACAAAUUAUCACAACUUUGACCUCUCAGUUGAUCUCACCUCCAGCAGAUCAGCGAAGCGUCAAAAAUAUAUAAUUUCAUGCCGACGAACCAUAAUCUAUGAUCUUCAGCUAUUAAACAAAAUAAAACAAUUGUGAUAUGACACCACAUUGUGCUUUUGUCUUAGCUUGUGUGUAAAAUGUUGUCAAUAGAGUCGCAAGUCGAACAAUGAGGACAGUAAAUAAAGCAAGACUGCAAAUAAAGCGUGAACAAUAACGCAUCUUUUGGUCGAAAGUCGCUUUGUUAUUUACGUAGCGAGUUAUUCUUCCACGUUUAGGCUAUAACAACGAUGCGAUCACACGGCGCCAACGAAGGAACGAUAGAACUUCAAAGAAAAUAAUGUGAGAGGCCAAUGAUCCGGUUCGCAGUGAUCAUGCGAACAGCAUGUUUUCCUGAGAUCAGUUACCGGAAAAUACUGGUCAAAUUUUCCACUUAUCCCGACCCCCUCGAAUAAGUACUUUUGCUUGAAGACAUAACUACAACGGAGUCUCUUAACCAGUCCCAAGCCGCGUGUCGCUCGAUAGAUCACAGGAUAUGAUUGGCCACUCUAUCACAUUACGUCAGAGGACAUAUCUGCAAUGAGAGGACAUAAGUGCAACGGUACACAUCUCAGGGGUGACUCAGCCGCAAAGUCCUGGGCUCGAGCUUGGGAGGCUGGUGUCCAGGCCAUCAUGAGGUACGUUCAAAGUUGUCACAGUAGUAAUGUACCGGCUAUCAGAUAUAACCAAUGAUAGCUAUCCAGUGGAGGGAUUCGCCUGAUGUGUUUAGGUUUUUGAUGCUUCCUAAUUCAAAUCACUUGGUGUUUCACUUGGUUUAAAUUGCGUAUGCGGUUUCAUAUGGCUGGAAAUAAGGAUGUUAACAAGUUAGAAAAAUUUGCCCAAAGAAAAUCAACCGAAGAGGGCUCGCUUUAGACACGAACACGAACAGAAAACUUAACAGAAGGACAAGGAGUUGGUUAAUAUGUGACCGAUCCUUGAAUACAUCUCUUUGAACCCCGAAAUUUUAUUUGAAAAGGAAUAGUUAUUCAGCUCAUGAGCAAAAUUUUCCUUUUUCUUCAUCGUUAGGUAUGGCGGAGCGGAGCCUGGGGACCGCACAAUGGUUUGUGAUUUGUCCUGAUUGUCAAAAUUUCUGAUUUAGGUCAAAUUGUUCAAAACCCAAACUUGUCUGACAAACACAAAUAGUUAUGCGAAGAUUGACCAUAGACUACAAAUUAAUAAAGAUCCUCUUAAUUGGUGGUCUUAAUUUAUCAUUGUCGUUUCACCCAGGAUUCCAAAAUGAAAAGAAGUUUCGAGGUAUAACGCUCCGCGUUUCUAAACAGAGUCCAAGCCAAAAAUGGUUAAAAGUUUCUAGGACUGUCUUGCAGGGCUUCAGCCCUCCAGGUAGCAAGAUGAAUAUUUUUUUCUGCGCUCCUAUAGAGAAGAAAAGUUGAGGACUACUCGUACCGGCUCGACAAAUUGCCAAACCGUCAGGCCUUUACAUUUCUCCUGUGAUAAUUUCGUGAUGUUUUCCCAAUGCUUAAAACUAAAGAACACUUGAGAACAUUUCUUCAAAGAAUUUAGCCAUAGGGUUUUGCCGCCAUGUUAACUAGCUUGUAGAAUCACUUUUUAAAUUUUUGUUGUUAAUUUUUUAUUCAUGUCUUUUUCAUAGCUCGACGCGUUGCACCCGGCAGGCUCAACUUUGAUCUCAGAGCUCGAUUCAGGUGUUGACCCUUUGGAGGCAGUGGAAAAGGCUGUGGAGGUAUACAGGAAGAUAUUUAAAUCCCUCGAAGAAUAAUUCCUUGACUCGGGUUAAAUCUGGUUAUUCCAAGCAAAUUUUGUUCGUCACAGUUGACUUGCAUCAACGAAGUUUCAACGCUAUUGUUUACCUCCCUUUCCAGGCUGCUGAGCUGGGUGCCCAGUCUACUUCCACCAUGUCAGCCCGAGCCGGUCGAUCCAGUUACGUUGGUGAAAAGCACUUGAAUAAGCCAGACCCAGGAGCAUUGGCCGUGACGGUCUGGUUCCGGGCGGCUUUUAACGCUCUGAAAAAUUAGGAGAUAAUUGUAAGGUAUGCGCUGUUUGGUCGUUGCUCGGGGGGAUUUUAUUUGUAGUCUGAUUUCCAGUUAAAUACAAUGCUGCACCUGUUUAAAUAUUAUUUAACUAAUACUUUCAGCAAACCAGUUACUUGUUAUAAACCGCUCUGUUCACAUUUCACAAGAGAUAUUUGGUUAGAAUUUUUACGCGUAAUUAUUUCCUUUUUGCAUUUGGCUUUGCAAGAGGAGGGACUGGUACACUAUUGACUAAAUCCACUGGAUGCCCUGACAAAGUUAAAUGACGUUUAUUAACUCCUUUGGAUUGAUAAUUUGGAUUGGCUAUCUUGUAAAGAAAUCUCUUAAAACAUCAAAUGCUUGUUUCCAUCAGGAACAUUCUUUUGGAACCUAAAAUUUUUGCGCCAGGAAUUUUGAUGAUACUUCGUUGGACAAGAUGAUAUGGAAAGAUAAUUAAUUAAAUGUUUCCUGACCUUCGGUAGCAAUAUAUGUAACAUUUAAGGAGAUUUAAAUAGCAUAAGUGAAAGAGAAUUUAGUCUUUUAUAUUGAGAUGUUUUUAUAUCAAAUGGUAUGAAAUGAAUUUAUAGCGAUAUCGACUUCAAUUAAUAAAUCACGCCUCC